AUGGCUGCAGCUUCCAUGGAUGCGCUGGGAGCUUUCACCCACCUUCACACUAACCUGCCCGCAUGGAUUACCCGCGUCUCCGAGCUGGCAGCCCACACCUCUGCCAAACACGCCGAAUAUUCAGAAGCUUACCGCCAACGUACUACACAUAAGCCGCGCCGCCGAAAGAACAGCUCCGUAUGCUCUAUUCACACCAAUAACCUAGUCCCAAUCGCCCAGCAGAAAGCCCCCAGCUCCGAACCCGUUCAAGUCACAACCUCCAUGUGCAAGGAAGAAAAAGCCCCUACCCAGCAAGCAGGACGCAAACGCGGUACAGAAGAAGCCCCGUCGAUCGACUCGAGUGACCGCUAUGAGUUUGUCAGUACUCGCUACAACGUCAUCAUCGAUUAUGACGGACACACACAGCAAGAGCUCGAGCAGAUCGUGAAGGAUAUCGGUAUUGCUAGGAACAACAUUCGCCGUGGCAAGAUGUCAUUGAUGCCUCCUCGUAUUGGUCUUCGAACAAAUUUGCUAAACAGGUCUGCCGCCGGCGCUGGCGGGGCCGAUCAACCAUCCAUUGCCUCCCUGGCGUGCGUCCGAAGCACACGAACCGCGACUGGCCUGGUGGGAGUAACCGGGACCUCGAAUGGCGUGAGCAAAGACUCACCUUUCGACUUUUGCGACAAGCAAUUGGAGCUCGCGCACGGCCUUUGCGAGACAGCCGCCUUCCAGGUUCUACGAUCUGGCGACUGCGGCACGGAACUCGACGGCGUUGAGGAGAAAUUCAAGAUGCUACUGGAAAUGACCAAGAAUGAAGUAACCCGCCUAGAAGAGGAGAAGAAAAAACAGCAGGAGCAAGGGACACAGCAAGAGACCGAAGAGGGGAAGGACGAAGCAAAGCCGCUCCCGACAUCGGCUGCCGCUCGACUUGCUAGGAUAUCAGCUCUUUCAGCCAAUAAGCAGAUAACGGCCUGUGCCACAGGCACCAUCGAAGUCGACGACGAUUCCUCUUUAUCGGCUGAGUCCCUCGAACUCGAUCUGUCUGCAUUCCGAUCCUCGCGAAUCCGAGUCUAA